AUGGUGGAUCCACUCCUGCGCUGGGGCUGCAGGGAGGCGCUCCUGCUCUUCCUCCUCCUGGGGUCUCUGUGGGGAGCCGGCACCGGGCAGAUCCGCUACUCCAUUCCGGAGGAGCUGGACAAAGGCUCCUUUGUGGGAAACAUCUCCAAGGACCUGGGACUGAAGCCCCCGGAGCUGGCGGAGCGGGGAGUCCGCAUCGUCUCCAGAGGUAAGACGCAGCUUUUCGCUCUGAGUCCCCGGAGCGGCGGCCUGGUCACCGCGGGGAGGAUCGACCGCGAGGAGCUCUGCGCCCAGAGCGCGCGGUGCCUGGUGAACUUUAACGUCCUGGUUGAGAAUAAAAUGAAAAUUUACGGAGUAGAAGUAGAAAUUAUCGACAUUAAUGAUAAUUCCCCGCGCUUCCGUGAUGAGGAAUUAAAAGUAAAGAUCAAUGAAAAUGCCGCUGUGGGGACGCGGUUUGUGCUUCCCUUCGCACGGGAUCCGGAUGCGGGUGUGAACGCUCUCCUGAGCUACCGGCUCAGCUCCAACAAGCACUUCUCUCUGGACGUGAAAAGCGGAACCGAUCAGCAAAAGUACCCGGAGCUGGUGCUGGAUCAGCCCCUGGAUCGCGAGAAAGAGGCGCUUCACGAUCUCCUCCUCACGGCUGUAGAUGGCGGAGACCCUGUACUCUCCGGCACCACGCACAUCCGCGUGAUGGUCCUCGACGCCAACGAUAAUGCGCCCCUGUUCACUAGGCCGGAGUACACGGUGAGUGUCCCCGAGGACAUUCCUGUGGGCACUCGGCUGCUCACGCUAACCGCCACGGACGCAGACGAGGGACUGAAUGGGAAAUUGACCUACUCUUUUCGCAAUGAAGACGACACAAUUUCAGAAACCUUCCAGCUUGAUUCCAGCCUGGGGGAAAUCUCAACUCUGAAAUCAUUGGACUACGAAGAGUCCAGCUGCUACCUAAUAGAAGUGGAAGCGCAGGACGGCGGCGCUCUUCUCGCCAGCGCUAAGGUGCUGGUCACAGUACAGGACGUGAAUGACAAUGCCCCAGAGGUGAUCCUCACCUCUCUCUCCACCUUGGUCUCUGAAGAUUGUGCCCUCGGAACCGUAAUCGCGCUGUUUAGCGUACAUGAUAGUGAUUCUGGAGAGAAUGGCGAGGUUGCCUGUUCUAUCCCCAGCAACCUACCCUUUGCAUUGGAAAAGUCCGUUAAUAAUUACUAUCACUUAUUGACAACAAACGUCCUGGACAGGGAAGAGACCUCGGAUUAUAAUAUCACCGUCACAGUUGUUGACCAUGGAACCCCACCCCUAUCAACUGAAACUCAUAUCUCCAUUAAAGUGGUAGACAUCAACGACAACCCACCUACCUUCCAUCACGCCUCUUACUCUACUUACAUCUUGGAAAACAACUCAAGAGGCGUCUCCAUCUUCUCUGUAACCACCCACGACCCGGACAGCGGAGAGAAUGCCCGGGUUUCUUACUCCUUGAGCGAGGACACUCUCCAGGGCAUGCCUCUGUCCUCCUAUGUCUCCAUCAACUCGGACACUGGUGUGCUAUAUGCCCUGUGUUCCUUCGACUAUGAGCAGUUCCAAAACCUGCAUUUUUGGGUGACAGCCAGUGACAGUGGGAACCCGCCACUCAGCAGCAACGUGUCCCUGAGCCUCUUCGUGCUGGACCAGAAUGAUAACGUGCCAGAGAUCUUGUAUCCCACCCUGCCCACCGAUGACUCUACGGGAGUGGAGCUGGCUCCUCGAUCUGCAGAGCCUGGCUACCUGGUGACCAAGGACCAUGGCCAGCCCCCUCUCUCGGCCACCGUGAUGCUCACUGUGGCUGUGGCUGACAGCAUUCCGGAUGUCCUAGCUGAUUUGGAGAGUAUCAAGAUGCCCUCUGACCCUGAAGACCCCAGCCUCACGCUGUACUUGGUGGUUGCCUUGGCUGCGGUAUCCUGUGUCUUCCUGGCCUUUGUCAUUGUGCUUUUGGCGCUCAGGCUAAGGCGCUGGCAGAAAUCGCGCCUAAUGCAAGCUUCAGGCGGGUUGACAGGCAUGCCUGCCUCACACUUCGUGGGUGUAGACGGGGUGCGCGCUUUUCUGCAGACCUAUUCCCAUGAGGUCUCCCUCACCGCGGACUCCGGAAAGAGCCACAUUAUCUUCCCUCAGCCCAACUACGCCGAUACGCUCCUUAGUGCAGAGAGUUGUGGGAAAAGCGAGCCUCUUCUUAUAUCCGAUCAGAUCAAUGGAAACGAAGAACGCGGAGAUUUUCAGCUGCUCUGUGUUCAAGAGUAA